AUGGCAUCCUCAAAUUCACCAUGUGCAGCAUGCAAGUUCUUGCGCCGCAAAUGCCAACCCGAGUGUGCAUUUGCACCAUACUUUCCACCUGACCAACCUCAAAAGUUUGCAAAUGUUCAUAGAAUUUUCGGGGCAAGCAAUGUCACAAAGCUUCUCAAUGACUUGCACCCUCACCAACGUGAAGAUGCGGUUAAUUCCCUUGCUUAUGAAGCUGAGAUGAGACUCCGUGACCCUGUUUAUGGUUGUGUAGGAGUCAUAUCACUCCUUCAACACCAACUUCGCCAGCUUCAAAUGGACCUUUAUUGUGCCAAAUCAGAACUCUCUAGGUACCAAAAUUUGAGCAUCACCACCAACCAUAGCCUCAUUGCUUCUGAGUCUGCGGCCACAGCCUACCACCACCACCAGAACACGACCGGUAGUGGCCUUGGCCGUGACCAUCACUAUCACCAUCACCACCACCAUCAGUUCUUUCCAAGGGAACAAUACCAACAACAAGUGGUUAGAAGCUUUGAUGCAGGGAACAACUAUGAUGCAAGUCUCUUGGCCAUGAACAUAUCAGCUAGCUUAGGGCAACUCAACCACCUUCAACAUCAAAGUGCUGCCGGUGGCGGCGAUGACCGCCGCACCGCCAACCGCUCCUAG